CUGAAGAGUAUAUUUAAUUAUUAGCAUAUGAUAUAACUGUUGUACAAAUGAAACUAUCUGAACCGCUGGAGGCUGGUCGAGAUAUCUAUCAUUGAUACAAGCAAUGGCAGGCGAUAAGGCAGUGUACGCGGCGGUGCCCAAAACUGAGAAUAAUGAAGAGGUCCGUUCAAAACCGGUUCGACCAAAAGGUCUUGGGAUAAGGCACUUACAAACUGUAAUACUUUUCGUAAGUCUAACCAUCGCAUACACCAUGAGGUCCCAACUCUCCGUGCUAAUGGUAGCCAUGGUGAAGGUACCAGACCCUCACUGUUUGGAAGGCAAUGGAACCAGGAAUGUGACUGAAGGCUGUGACGAAGGCAAUACCAAUAUGAGCAGCUGGAAUAUUUAUCGCACAUACGAAUGGAACAAGUCAACUCAAGAAAUGAUAACAUUUUCGUUCUUCGUGGGGUACACCAGCAUGAUGAUGCCCAUGGGACUCCUAGCGCAGAAGUUUGGCGGCAAAAGACCCAUCAUGUUUGCUUUAUUUGUCAACGGGAUCAUUUCUAUUUGCACACCCUGGAUAGCUUUGUUUGGUGGCUGGCUGGCUGUGUCAGCUAGCAGAUUGGUGCAGGGGUUUACUCAAGCGGCUCUCUACCCAAGUAUUCACACCAUGUUAGCUAAGUGGGCCCCUUUGUGUGAAAGGGGACGCCUUAGUACUUACAUUUACACAGGUUCACAAGUAGGAACAAUUAUAGCUUUCCAGCUAUCAGGACUGUUUGCUGGUAGUCCAGUUUUAGGCUGGCCAGUAUCCUUCUGGCUAUUUGGAGCUCUCAGCCUGGUCUGCUGUGGUCUACUGGGCUGGCUUGGAGUCGCCAGUCCUCAUGAACAUCCCACGAUUACUACUGAAGAGCUGGCGUAUAUUAUGGAAGAUGGAGCCGUCGAUAUUGUACCUAAGAAACGCAAGACUCCUUGGAAGCACAUCCUGACGUGCAAGGCGGUGUGGGGUCUGGUGGCAUCUCACGCCGGCAGUGCUGCCAGCUACCUGCUGAUCCUGACCGAAAUACCUCUGUACAUGAACCAUAUACUACAUGUAGACCUAAAAAGGAAUGGUGUUUAUUCAUCGUUGCCAUACAUCGCGUUGUACGUUAUGGCUAUGUUCUUCGGGUAUGCUUCUGACUACGCAGCUACCAAUAAAAUUAUGUCUGUGGUCAAUAUCAGAAGAACGGCUAAUAGUAUAGCAAUGGCAGGCUCAGGAGUAUUCCUAUUCGCGUUCAGCUUCGUGAACGACACCACGCUGGCGGUGUGCGUGCUCAUCAUAGCACAUGGUCUGCAUGCUGGCGUCCACGUUGGAUUUCAUAUAAACCAGAUCGACUUGGCUCCGAACUUCGCGGGACCUAUCAUGGCGCUUGGCAACAUGAUCGCGAACCUCACCAGUCUGCUGGUGCCCGUCAUCGUGUCCAAUGUCGUGAAGGAUGAUGUGACAAAUCACCGCAAAUGGCAGUACGUGUUUAUGAUAUUCGUGGCGAUCAUGAUCAUCACCAACACCAUAUUCGUCGUGUUCGCCAAGGGAACUGUGCAGCCAUGGAACUUCUAUGGUGAAGACGAAAAUGAAGGUGAGAAGGAGUUGGCUGCUCUAGAGGUAGAAGAUAAGAACUCGACCAAAGGAAAGGAAAGUUUGCAAGAUUCUAUACGACAAUGAUAAUAAAAUUAAAUAAUUUAAAAUAUUAUACUCAUUUAGGAAAUAAUAAAUAAUAGCGAAAUAA